AUGGAACUGUCACCGAAGCCCAGCCGGUCCUCCUCGACAUCAUCACGCCGCGGCGUCAACCUGACACUGGACUUGUCCAACCUGCCACCGCUUGAGCAGCCGACGCCGCCCUCCAACACGCUUCUCUUUACCAAUCUCGACAAUGUCGACAUCUUCCGCGCCGACAAGCUGCAGUCGCUGCGGGAGCUGAUUCAACGCACCGCCGCCAUCCACGCCUUUGCGCCGCUCAAGUCGUUUCGUCGUAUUCUCAUCUCCUUUUACGACGUCGAGUCGGCCAUCAGCAUCCGCAAGAUCUGGGACGGCGAGGCCAUCAUGGGCUCCCGCGUCCGCAUCUACUUUGGCCACCCCACCCCGCUCCAACCCCGCGCCGACCACCACCUCGCCCUGCCCGACGCCGGCAAGCUCUUCUUCAUCUCUCCGCCCCCGAGCCCCCCGCACGGCUGGGAGGUGCGUCUCGAGGACGCGCCCAACAAGAUGGUCCACGCCGACGACUUGGCCGAGGCCCUCGCUAAACUCGGCCGUGGUGCUUGCAACAACACCCCCGGCAGCUCCUUUGACUCGCCCAUCACUCCGGUCGACGGCGCCGCCGUUGGUCGCACCACUCGAAGUCGCAGCUCGACACUCAUAUACCGUCCCGACGACAACGGCAGCAGCCCGGGCUUGCCCGCCGUCUUUGUCGAAGAUAUGACGGACGAACCCGAGGAGAUGUCGCCUCUGGAAGCCAAGCCCAUCUUGGCGCACACCUCCCGACCACCCGUGGAACUCAUGCACGAUGCUUGA